GAGAAGGCCAGCAAAGCGACCAGGAGCAGACGUGCUGCAAGCAGUUUAGUACGUUUCGUCAACUUCGUGAUUGUGACGCUGUUUAUCUCGUAACAACGCUUCGAAGAUUGUCUUUGUGCUUAAUUACCGCACUUAAGCUCACCGCAUUGGGUGUCACAGCGUCUGAACCCGUCGAAGUGCAUAAAGUGCGCGCCGUCCACGACAGUUAGCGUCCACUUCGUGAGCGCAAUGGCAAAUGAAAGUUCCGAUUCAGAACGUGACGACGCCGUUUACUUGGCGAAGGAACUGCCCGUGGUCGAUCCCGAUAUUCUCCAAGAUGUGCUUUGCAUCCUUGCCAAACAAAACGACGAAACCGUUCGCGAACCGGAAGAUUAUUUGGACUACCUGUCUCCGAGCAGCACCGUAGAGCUGUUGUUCACUUGCAUCGAACUCAAGCUGCCCAUCUGCGUCCAGGUGACUGCUCUGGAGUACCUGGACAGGUUCCUAGUGCAACACGUUCGCGACCUCCGCGAGCAACUGGGCGCUGGCUCCCCCGCCUGCGCCAACGUGUCGUGGGACAGCGUGAUGGGCAGGAUGCGAGAGCAGGUGAUGCUGCGCAUGCUCUCCUGCAUACAGAUCGCCAGCAAAAUGUUCUCCAGCGUCAGGGGCCUGACCAGCGUGGAUGUUCGUGACGCGCUAAAGGCAGCUGGUAGCUCAUACGGCUGCCACAGCGUGGUCCAGUCCGAAUUCCGAGUGUUGAAGACCCUGCAGUAUCGCCUCCAGAUCCCAACUCCGCUCGUGUACGCCGAAGUGCUGCUGGAAGUCAUAGGCCACAACGAGCCGAGCUUCGAGCCGAAGGAGCUGUACUCGAUGAUGCUGCGCGUGCUACAGGGAUUCUACCUGGUCCGCCAGGAGGUUCACGAGCGUGCCAUGGCGCACCUAGAUAUGGACCGCGAAGCCAACGAAAAAGAGCAGAACAGGAUGUUCCGUGCCUUCAAGGCGGACCGGCUGUUGAUAGCGUCCUCGGUCAUCGCCUGCGCCGUCAAGAUCAAGCUUCCGCGGAGAUACACCGAGUUCCUUGGCCACCUGCAAGACGCCACCCGGCUCUCGGGAAAGGAGGUGCACCACUUCAGCUCCGUCAUCAUGACUGUGCUCUUCAAGGAAGAUCCGCUUGCGGAAUGAACAUGACGCGGGAUCGUCCGACCAUCCACCGUCAAACUUGUCAUAUAUUCUAGUCAUUUUGCUUCAAGGUUCUCCUGCUUUCAGUCAUACAUACCAUGACAAGUUCGCUAGGUUCCUCCCAACGACGGAACGGUGCAAAGUUUAAGAGUUACCGUAAACAAGAAAAUAAAUUAUUUUUGUUGGUCA